CGCAAAAAAGACGCGUAUGCGUGCGACUGCCGUUUGCGUCGCAGUGUAACCUCGGCUAUACUUGCAAGGAAUACUAAUGCCACGCGUGCCGCGACACCUCGCUCUGCCAGCAGGACUGCUGGCAGUACUGGUGGCAGCUGCCCUGGCUGCUGGCACCACUGGAGCCACAGCCGUGGCAGCGAAGAGGUCGGAAGGGGAUCGGAGGCGGCUCGAGGUGGAGCGCGUGGUCGAGUCGGACGCGAAGCGGCAGCGCGAGGUCGGGCGGAUGGACCGAACGGUCAACGGCACGGCCCUCGAGGCGGCGUGCUGGGGCGUCGACGCGCAGGGACGCAAAUCGUGCCUGAGUUACGACGAGGCGCUCGCUGCGGACGCGGCGUUCCCGCCCUCGGAGGUGGGGUCUUUCGCGUUUGUAGUCGCCUGGUGCGGGGACGGCUUCGACUGGGUGGCGGACCUGAUGGCGCGGAGCCCGGGCGCCCAGCAGGUCUGGAAGCGUCUGAUCGUAUAUCAAAAGUGCGCCAUCUACCACAAUGCGAGCGACGGGGGCUUCAUCGUCGCGUAUAGGCACGACGGCUACGCGGCGACGAAGCCCCAGAGGCUGGACUGCGACGUGACCGGUCCCAACACGACGCUCGCGCCGACCGACGUGCGCCGCGCCAUCCUGAACCACUCGCGCGCGGCGGCGAACUCGAGCGUGAACAGAGCGCUCCGGGCGCUUGAUAUACGCGUCGUCCCGUUAAUAGAGCCGGGCCGCGGCUAUCCGACGGGGCUGCACCAGAUGCGCCCGCCCUAUAGUACGGACGAGGUCGGGGCGUACUUGCACCACAUCUCGCGGUCCUACGACGACCUCGCGGACGGCACGUUCUUCGUGCACGGCCACGUCCACGGCGGCUACGACGCAGCUGUGAGGACGAUGGAUUGGACUGCGUCGAGCGGCGUCGCGCCGCAGACGUACUUCGGCACGACGCGGGCUACCGACACGCGCGUCCGGUGGCGACGCGGCAUGCCGGUGGCGCUCGGCGUGCCGGUCAACGACGCGAUGCGCAAGCCGCGCGGCGGCAACUACCGGAACGGAGAGUUCUACGCGUCGCGGCUGUCCAUACGGCGCCGGCCGCGGUCGUGGUUCGCCCAGGCCUUCGGCAUCGUGGACCGGGACGCGCGCUGCGCCGACGUCUACAACGGGAUCCCGCGGCCAAGCCUGCCCGCGCCGUUCGAGCAGUUCAACAACCGCUCGUUUACGUGUCCCUGGCCCCGAAAAUACGGAGGCAGCGGCGCCGUCGAGGGCUACUGGAAUGUCUUUUUCUGUGAGCCGUGCCUCACACCCCACCGGGAUCCGGACGUCAGGAUCCCGUGGUCCGAGGCGGCCGGGCUGGAGGAGGGCCGUGUCGCCGCCGGCGAGGCGAUCCGCACGGUCGCCGCUCCGGAGGUGGUGCGCCAGGCGGUGGCCUCCCUCAUGCAGUUGCUUCACAGGGCGCAGCGUGACUUCGGCUCGGCCCAGGGCCCGGACGAGGCGGUAGCGGCGCGGCUCCGGGAGGACCUCGAAAUCGCGCGCGGCAAGCUGGCCGCCCUGGACCCGAACGCGACGCUGCAAGACCUAAAGAGCUUCAAAGAUGCCAAGGCGCUGCUGCGCAAAACGAUACCCACGCGUCCCGCGACGGCGCCGCCUAGCAGCCUUCCAAAAGGCAUAUAGCUCAGCGAGUGGCAUGGGUUUGUUUUAGAUUAAGAGAC